AUAUGCAAUCUUAUUUGCGGUUUCACCAUUCAAUCAUUUAUUUAUUAUAUAUUUUCCUUUUUUUUUUUAAAGCACUUAUUAUAUUUUCCUUAAAAAAACAUUUAUUAUAUUUUCCUUAAAGAAACGCAUUUAAUUUUCUCAAUAACACACCUCUAUAUAGCCUAGCUUUGUAUGUUGAAGAGAUACACACUGUUAUUUUCUGAGGUUGCAUUUUCAGUUGAUAUUAUAGAAGAAGUCAUAUCCAUUUCAUGAGAUAACACACAUCAUCAAAUCCCAGAUUUGAAAUUUCAUCAUGUUGAAGCCCGAACUCGGCCUCCUGACAUGGCUCCUCCUCUUCCUCGUCGGCCCGGGCCCGCACCUCCGAUUUGCCCGGGCCGACAUUGGCACGGCUAGCCGUUAUUCCCCUCCAUACACCCCGACGGCGUGCUACGGCAACGACUUCUCGGAGUUCCCGACGAGCAACCUGUUCGCGGCGGCCGGGGAGGGCAUUUGGGACAACGGCGCGGCGUGCGGGCGGCAGUACCUCGUGCGGUGCAUCAGCGCGCCCGUGCCGCAGUCGUGCGUCCCCGGCCAGACCAUCCAGAUCAAGAUCGUCGACCGGGCCCAGUCCUCCUCCUCCCGCCCCUCGCGCGACGGCUCCAGCAUUGUGCUGUCGGAGACCGCCUUCGCCGCCAUUGCCAACCCCGCCGUUCAUUAUUUAAACGUCGAAUAUCAACAGCUUUGAGCUCGAGGAAGCUGACAGUAUUAUUGUAGAAAAAUUUGGGUUAUUAGAUACAUUUUUUCUUUGUCAUUUAUGUAGAAGAUUAAAGUUGAAUAGUAUGGGUAUUUAUCUUUCUUUAAA